AUGUGGCACCGGGUUUUCCCCCAUUUUUCCUCAAAACUUGUCUCUCUCUCUCUGCAUCACUGCUCCUUCACAGCCUCUGCUCCUGUCGACAAGUCCUCCCCCUCCACCUCCUCUGGGCAUAGCACUCUCUCUUCCCUUCCUUCAUCCAUACCUUUCUCUGCCAAAGCGCACACGGUCCAGGCCCAAGAGGUUGAGGUGAGACUGUUGCCCCCCCUGCUGAGGGACCAGGCCUGGGGGGUGCAUGCCCAGGAGGCCUUCAUGCUCUUCUGCCUGGCUCUGGGUCCGAGUGACGUCCACGUGCACUGGCUCAUGGACGGUCAUGCUGUGGACCGGCCUGUGAUGGAGGAGCGCAGGGUCCUGGCUCAAGGUCAGGUCCUGGUGAGCAGCUGGCUCCAGGAGGGGCCCCUGAUAAAGGAGGCUCAGUACCAGUGUGUGGCUGAGACCGGGACUGGGCAGGACCGGUCUGAAGCGGUCCUCAGUCUCCCCGGUGCAGCUGAGGACCUCAUUCCUGAGAAGUAUCUGAGCCAGUGGAGAAGUGCUCUGGCAGAACAUGGACGGCUCCUGAAGAAAUGGGAGGCAGCGUGGGAAACGUGCUCUGGACGUUAA